CUCUCCGGUCUCUUGACUCUCUUCACCUCGAGCUCGGAGGAAUUGGCCGAUUGGGUAACCUGCUCCAUCACGAGUUGCUCAGCGUCGCCGCCGGCCAAUCUCGAUGAUUGGACAACCCACGCCUUUUAGCUAAGAGGUAUUAUCGCUCUCUCCUCUUUACGGAACGUCCGAUAGGGAUUUUACUAGGAUUGUCUUCCCUUGGCAAGGUUCUUUUGAAUCUCCUCCAAGCGGCGGAGCCGAGGUUGAGCUGAGGUUUAGGCAAGAGCCUAUAGUCUCACUGGUGAGACUUCAUCACUGAGUUGUCUUCGUUUACCUCGCUUUCCUGAGGCCUUUCACUAUGCCAUGACGAUGGAUGGCGAGGUCAUCUGGCGUUGUACAAGUCUGUCGUCUGUCGAUUCUCUCAUCUUUUCCUGUCUGUUGUUUUCCGUCUUUCACUCGAGGCUGCCUAGUAAGCAGACGGAUCCCACUUGGGCAGACAGCUAGUCCCAACUUUGGCCAAUACGGGAUGGCUGCGUCGCAUCACCUGAAGGCUUUGGUGCGGGAUGGUACAAACUCUGUUUCGCGCGGGUGCCGCCGCCAAGCGCAUCACAAGCAGAUUUCCUUCUCUGUCGUCCUACAUACAUUGUCAUGCAUACCUAGACGGAUUCACACCAAUACGCACCCAACCACGACGAGCAAUGCCGCCGUCGUCUUUCCUCAGUCUGGUGCCGUGCCCCAGAGGCGUCCACUCUCAUGGUUCUUCGUCCCGAAGCAGCCUUUCUUCACACAUCCGAUAAUCCACAAUCCAGACCGGCUCUGCCCACCCUCCCACGCUGUUCCUAGCCCGAACGUUUGACCGAAGAUGGGCGGGGCUACCCUCAUCGGGCACUUCUCAUCCACUCGCCAUUGACGAUCCUUCCAAGCCCGCCUACAGCAUGACAUUCACACGACCACGGCAGCCAUGCACGCUCCAUUCUGCCG